AAUAGUAUGUUAGCCUUGAAACCUCAACCUGUCGACUCCACUGCAGCUCUGCUAAGAAUAAGACAUUCUCCUCUGCUCCUGGAUUUGGGGUUCCGCAGAUUACAGACAUGAGUGACACCGAAGAGGACGCUCUGGAAGUUCAGGAGGAAGGUAGGUUAUGAAAAGAUGGUCCUGUCCCUUCUUCAACUUUGUGUCAAGUUGCCUUUAAAAAUAAAUGCUCAAAUGAAAUACCUAAAAUAUGAUAUUGUGAGACAAACAAGCAACAACAACCAAGAAAACAAAAGAAUGAAUAACUAAAUGUUGUUGGUGUAACUGUGUUCACAGAUGAGUCAAAACCUAAGCAGCCAAAGUUCAUGGCCCCAAAGCUUCCUGAUUCCGGAGACAAAGUGGACUUUGAUGACAUCCACCGCAAGCGUCAGGAGAAGGACUUUGCGGAGCUGCAGUCCCUGAUCGAGGCCCACUUCAUCCAGAGGAAGAAAGAUGAGGAGGAUCUCAUCUCUCUUGUCAAUAGGAUCGACAAGCGUCGUGCUGAGAGGGCUGAGCAGCAGAGGAUACGUGCGGAGAAGGAGAAGGAGCGGCAGGCCAGACUAGCUGAGGAGAAGGAGAGGAAGGAGCAGGAGGAGCAGAGGAAGAAGCAGGAUGAGGAUGCCAAGAAGAAGAAGGUCCUCACCCAGAAGACCGCGACCUACGGCGUCCAGGCUAAGGGUACUGAGGGCCGCAAGGGAGCCAAGAAACAGACGGAGAGGGAGAAGAAGAAGAAGAUCCUGGCCGAGCGACGAAAGCCUCUCAACAUCGACCACCUUGGUGACGACAAACUCAAGGAGAAGGCCAGCGAGCUGUGGCAGUGGCUGAUGGAGCUGGAGUCUGAGAAGUUUGACCUCACAGAGAAAUUCAAGAGACAGAAAUAUGAGAUCGCUGUGCUCCAGUGCCGUGUCAAUGAACAGAGCAAGUUUGCCAAAGGUCGUGGCAAGAAGGGGGGCGGUCGGCUCAGGUAGAGAGAGACUGCAGGAGCCGCAAACCAGGGUGCGGAGGAGAACACGUGUCUGUGUUUGUGUCCCAUGUCUUGUCUGUCCAGCAUUCAUGUAUCGUCUUACCCAAAUCACCCCUGUGUACACCCAUAAAGAGCAUAUGAAAUGUGACCCCAUUCACCGUCCCCUUGUCAUUUUGUUGUUUAGUA